AUGGCGUCCCUCAACCUCUCUACAAACGGCCCGUCGAUUACAAAGAGCUACCAAGCCAUCGUAAACGCCGCCCCAGCUACUACGGGAGCUGCUGCUUCGCCGACCUUUGCGCAAUGGGCCGUGUUUGGUGUGACGACUCCGCUCGUCAACGCAUUUCAGCCAGAUGCGGGGAACAAGGAAAGCGUAUUGAAGGUUCAGAGCAGCGCUGAAGGAGAAUUGGCGGAUUUGAUCGAGGAUUUCUCCGAGGGCAAGAUUCAGUUCGCGUUUGUGAGAGUCAAAGACCCCAACACAGGGCUUCCAAAGAACGUUCUUAUUGCAUGGUGUGGAGAAGGAGUGCCUGAAAGGACGAAGGGAUAUUUCAACAGCCAUCUUGCUGCAGUGGGACGCUUCCUACAAGGAUACCAUGUCCAAAUAACCGCUCGAUCCGAUCGUGAUUUGACGCCCGAAGGCAUCCUCCAGAAAGUUUCCGAUGCUUCAGGAGCGAAGUACUCGGCAACCGAUGCCCCCGCCCCGCGUGAACCAGUCAAACCACCUGUGGCCACAAAGCCAGUAUUCACAGCCAGCCGAUCCGGUGGUGUUGCACCCCCGCCCGGCGCUCGUAGACUUCCUGCUGUUUCAAGAGCCCCAGUUGUUGUUGAUGAUGAUGAUGAUGGAUGGGGCGCCGAUGCACCGCCAGUGACCCGCACACAACUAGAGAAGGUGCCGUCCGCUUACAAACCUACGAAAGUCGAUAUCAAUCAACUUACAUCUCAAAAACAACCCGAAUCCCAGUUCAGACGAGCCCCUGUCGAGGAGAGGUCGGAUGUGGUCAAGGGUGGAUAUCAACCUAUUGGCAAAGUAGAUAUCGCAGCUAUUCGACGACAAGCUCGUGAAUCUGGACAAGGUGGCGACGAGCGACCAGAGCCUGUCAAGGGAGCUUACCAACCAGUUGGUAAAGUGGAUAUUUCUGCAAUCCGUGCUAAGGCUCAGCCGGCACAAGAACGAGCUGUUCCUGAGCCGCAUCCUGAAGAGACUGAGCAACCUAAGCCAUUGUCAGAGCGUUCAGCCGCAUUCCAGCAGCCUUCUGAACGCUUGACGAGUCUUCCCAAACCCAAGGUUGCAAACAGAUUUGGCGGUUCUUCCAAUUUCACUGGUACAAAAGCACCUCUUCCUACUGAGUUCGGUGUUAAGCCCACUACAGCCCCAGUCACCUCGACCAGCAGAACUUUUGCUGAUGAAGGAGGUAAGACUCCCGCUCAGCUGUGGGCAGAGAGAAAGGCUAGGGAAAGAGGCAGUGCGUCUGCUCCUAGUACACAACCAAGCGAGCCAGUGAACAGACAAGUUUCUGGUGAUGGCCGUUGGAAGAGCUCAUACACUGGAAAGUCCUGGGCUCCUGUUCAGACAACCCACACCGGUCACUCUGCAAGCAGCGCAACUGCACGAUACGAUGGUGAAGGGCCAUCAGAGCCCGCAUCUAGAGACAUUCCCCUUUCAGAAGAUGUCCCACCACCUCCUCCCUUGAACAACAAGCCAAAUGCUGGCCAGAAGAUCCCAUUGCCUGGCUUACCUACAGCACCGGUACCUACAGAGGAGGAAUAUCCUGAAGAGGAAGAAACCAAGUUGGAUAUUCCAGCACCAGCUCCUCAACCACGCUCUCCUACACCACCUACUCCAGUUGAUAGAGAGCCCUCUCCUAUUCAGGUCGCCAUGCCUGUCAGCCGCACAGCUCCUGAGACCCUAGUACAAGAUGCUCACGAGGAGAUCCACUCGCCACCACAGGCUCUCCCGAUUCGCAGUAUGGAGCAAGUUGUUCCGGAUGAGACUGAGCUUGAGCAGGAGCAUGGUCGUGCAGUUGCUGAGACCUCCGCACACGUCGCACCCUCAUCACAGUCCAUUCGCGCCAUUGUCCAAUACGACUAUGAGAAAGCCGAAGAUAACGAGAUUGAGCUGAAAGAAGGCGAAUACGUUACUGACAUUGAAAUGGUUGAUGAAGACUGGUGGCUAGGUGUUAACGUGCAUGGCGACCGCGGCUUGUUCCCCAGCAACUAUGUCGAAAUUAUUGAGCAGGCUUCUGAUGUCGCUCAGCAAGAAGAAGACGUUCCCCAUGAGGAUCAUCACGCACAGGAGCCCGAACCAGAGCCUGAAGUCAACCACCAUGCAGAGGCGGGUCACACUGGCCACACUGCAACUGCUCUGUAUGAUUACGAGGCUGCCGAAGACAACGAAUUGAGUUUCCCCGACGGAGCCAAGAUUGUCAACAUUGAAUUCCCCGAUGAUGAUUGGUGGUCUGGUGAAUAUGACGGCAACGUUGGUCUUUUCCCAGCUAACUACGUGGAAUUGGAUCAGUAG